AUGGCCACGACCUCGCCAUGCGUCGGUCCCCUCGUGUACCACAAGCGCGACAACACGACGGCCGUCGCGGUCACCACCACGUGUACCUCGACGAGCUCCGCCAACACGUCUAGCGUGGACGUGUGGUACCCCAAUGCCACGUACAUGCAGAUCCUCCACGGACCAUGGGAAGUGGAGACCGUGCUCAACGGCGCAUGUGUGCCCGUGACAGGUCAGCCCAACGUGUUCAGGAAAGCCGACUGCAAUCGGUUGACGUUCGAGCACUAUGGCGACGCCACAUGUGUGGAGCUUCUACCUGACAACGCGUUGGAGCCCGAGGACGCCGGUGUACGAACUUGCUACGUGCCUUCAUCCGCUAGCACCACCAUUACCUCGUUCAACUCGACCAAGAAUACGACAACAAUUGCAGUCACCAACAUUAUCACCACCCCACCGCCCACGACAGCGCCAGACGACGUGAUCACAUCACCACCCACUAGCACACCCACGAUCUCAUUCAACUCUACCAAGAACACCGCCAACGUAACCACUGUUGCUGUCACCAACAUCAUCACCACCCCACAGCCCACGACAACAUCCUUUGUGGCUCACCCCAUCCCAACCGCAUCCGAAGGCACGAUCACAUCUCCACCUACUGCCGUUCCAGCCACAACGGCGACACCCAUCAACUCGAAAGCUCCGAGGGAAUCCACCACGAAACCAACCGUCACGCCAACCCAACCGACACCUCCUCCAGGCACGACCACUUCUAAAAAGUUCGCCGCGUCGUCGCUGAGUUCGUUCACGAUGGGCUCCACGGUCGCGGCAACCGCCGUGGGGGUCGCGAUCCUCGUCGUCGUGUAUCGAAAGAUGCGUCGCCGAAACACCACUUACGUCCCGUUGCAAAACAAUGCGAGUCCAUAA